ACAUGAAAUCAAACAGAUUCGUUGUGUUAUUGUGUUUGGCGUUCGCUUGCAUUCAGAAGUUGUAUCUGUCCAUCAUGUCUGGCCGUGGAAAGAAAAUCGUCGCUGCUGCAGCAAAGAGUAAAACUUCAGUGUCGCGUUCUUCUCGCGCCGGCCUGCAGUUUCCAGUUGGCCGCAUCGCGCGUCUCCUGCGGAAGGGAAACUACGCGUCACGCAUCGGUUCGGGCGCGGCCGUUUAUCUGACGGCUGUUAUUGAGUAUCUCUGUGCUGAGGUGCUCGAACUCGCAGGCAACGCGAGCAGAGACAACAAAAAGGUCCGCAUCGCGCCGCGUCACAUUCAGCUGGCGGUGAGAAAUGACGAGGAGCUGAACACGCUGCUGGGAGGCGUCACGAUCAGUGAGGGAGGAGUUCUGCCCAACAUCCAGGCCCAACUUCUCCCCAAAAAGACCAAAGCUCCAAGAGAUGCCAGCACAAAAGAUGUUCAGUCUCAAGACUUCUGAAAUGCACUUAUGUUUUUAAAGCUCGUUUUGUAUUAAUAAAGACUUUAUUUUAAAAUC